UGUGAUAGCGACCUGUAACCAUAUGAAGGGACAACAAGUGUGACGGUGAACGCUCAUUGGCCCUCCAAGGGGACAGGGUGUGACCGACUCUCCGGAUUGGCUGCAGGACAACACAGCGUCUUACCUGGGAAUAGAUCGUAGCUGCGUCUUCUGGAGCUGGGAGAAUUAAUUUGCGUUGGAUGAAUAGAGGAAAUAAGCGGUGGAAUUCUUGCAGUUUCAUGAUAAUUGUUUCGGAAGAGGAGCACAGCGUAUCAGAAGAACAGGUCCGUAAGAGAAGUGGUCCUGGCACCUAAUUGGUCCUCUGUAGUGGGUCCUGCUUCCUGACUGGCCCUCUGCAGUAGGUCCCGCUUCCUGAUUGGUCCUCUGUAGUGGGUCCCGCUUCCUGAUUGGUCCUCUGCAGCAGGCACCAGUAAAGUCUGCCAUUCUGUGCCAUGCCUAAAAGUGACACCUGGCCAGGUGGUGUUGCCAUGGAAACAGCUAUCUCUAAAGAGAGCGCAGGGAGCUGUGACAGUGUGGUCAGCAUGACUUCAAACCUUAGUGAUGACAGUCUGGAGUUCUUUGCGCCUGACAUUAGGGCUAGCCUGAUGUUUCUGGAAGAGACCCUCGAGUCUCUGGAGCUGGAGGUGGAGGAUGACAGUGGCCUGUCCAAUGACGAGCUCGAAACACACACUCCCACUCUCACACACUCAUCAGGGCUUCCUGACAAGGUCGCCAACAUCUGCAUCCCCACACACUCAAGGCUGGAAGACGCGUCCAGUUACCACGACGAUCCAAACCGGGUGAAGGGGAAGGACCACAAGCCCUCGCUGAGCUACAUGGUGCCCACGCCAUUACUCCUGGCCAAUGGCGUCAGCUCCCUGCGGCCAAGAACAUCCUCGUCGGCUGCAGACCACAAGCCAGAGCCCCACGCCACUGACACGGGCAUCACCCCUGGCAACAUCACUGCUAACCCAGAGAAAGCCGCUAGCGAUAAACUCAUUACUGAUCCAGCUGAUGUCAUAACUAGGCGACACACUGCUGACCCAGGUGAACUCACUGAUAUACCCACUGCUAAACUCACUUCUGAUGCAUUUGAAACAGCCAUGGGCAAUACGACUGGCUCAACUCACCCGAUCGGUGAUGGACACACUGUGGGUCCUGCUGAAAUGGCUACUAACACAAAUACCAGCGAUCCCGUUAAAUUGAUCACUACUAAUAUAGCGGGUGACCCUGCUAUUGACCUCAAGCCAGCGGAAUCAAACGCCAUGGAGGCUCCUGAGAGUCCUGCCCCCACAGAUACCCCUGAGGGCAUCAGUGAGGAGGGCAUCAGUGAGGAGGGCAUCAGUGAAGGCUCUGGCAAUGCCAGUGUGGCGUCUGUGGAUGAAGCUACUGCCCUGGCAACUCCUGGCAUUGCCCCUGUUGAAGCUGGCAUAGGAUUUCUCCCUCCCCCUAUGGCCUUCAUGGACGAACCUGAAGAGCACAGCAACUGUGAAGUUCCGGGGCACUCUGCCGCAACUCCUGCAGACAUGCCAGCUCCAGAUGCUCCAGCGAAAGACGUUCCUGCUUCUGAUACUGCUUUUCCAGCGUCUGACAUUCCAGCUCCAGAUGCUCCAACGAAAGAUGUUCCUGCUUCUGAUACUGCUUUUCCAGCGUCUGACAUUCCAGCUCCGGUGAUUCCAUCUGCAGAUAUUCCUACCCAGAAUGCUUCCGAUGCUGCUUCCGCAGAUGAUCUUCCUCAGGUUACCUCUGAUGCUGCUCUCCCAGCUGCUAGCACUCCAGACCUCGGCAUUCCACCGCCAGAGAUUCCAGCACCCAAGAAUCCGGCUCCUGAUGUUCCAAAUCCUGUAAUUCCCACUCUAGAUAUUCCAGCUGUCAUUAUUAUUCCAGCCACUGAUAUUCCUGGUUCUGAAGGAGAAGAUCCACAAAACGCAGUUCCCCCUUCCCAGAAGCCACCGAAGGAGAGUGGGCCGGCGAGUGUCGACGCAGCCGCUCAGAGAGGCCCUCUGUCGAACAGCGAGCUGGAGAAGCUCAGGAAGAAGGCCUCCACGAAGAGGGCUCCAGGUGCGGUACCUGUGGUGCAGAUCCGCAAACCAGCGCCCCUCUCCCAGGCGUCCGUGACCUCCGAGGCCCUGCCUGACCCCCCUCAGGAGUACUGUGACCCCAAAAGCCCUCCGGCCGUGGCCCCCAAACCCAAAAAGCUGCCCGCCAACAUCAUCCUGAAGCCACACCGGUCGGUCGACCCGGUGAGUGGUCCGCUCAUCUCCCCCGACCGGGUUCUGAUGGACCCGCAGAAGGUCCGCUUGGAGGCGCUGAGAAAGCUUGGCCUGCCCACCCCCAGCUCUUCCGUUGGCCCCUCCCUCCCUCCAAGGUCACGCAUGUCAAGGUCAACACCUCCAGGUCCCACGUCACCUGGCCCUUACGCCUCGGGUCGUUCCACCCCGGAUCUAAAUGCUCAGCUUCCCCCAACUCAGCCCUCUCUGAGGCAGCCCACUGGACCCAGAGCAGAACCACCCUCUACAUCAGAAGCACCCAGCCCCCAGCAGCCCUCCUCUGCCCCCCACGGCAAGAUGGUAGAGGUGCGCCUGACCCCCCCACCGGUGUUGGCCGCCGGGGUAGUGGAGCCGCACAUGGGGGGCAUUGGGUUGCCCCGGGAGGAAGAGGACGACCAGGACGAGCUGGAGGUGCCCGAUCAUCUCCCACCCAGCCCCCCCGCGACACGUGCACCCUUUAGCGCUGACAAUAAGACUGCACACCGUUACCAUGGCAUCAGUGUACAGAUUAGCCCCCACAGUAAGAACGAAGGGGACCGGCGCGAGGCGCUGAAGAAGCUGGGCCUGCUGAAGGACUAGCGGCCUCACUGGACCAGAACCAUCUCCUAGCAGUAUCCAACCUCACUGGACCAGAACCAUCUCAUAGCAGUAUCCAACCUCACUGGACCAGAACCAUCUCAUAGCAGUAUCCAACCUCACUGGACCAGAACCAUCUCCUAACAGUAUCCAGCCUCACAGAACUAGCAUGAACUUAAACCAGGGUUCUACCACACCGGACCAACAUGAGAUUCACCAGCGUCUAACCACAAUGACACAGUAGCUGGAGAUAUCAGCACACUCAGCCUGGACUGGUAUUUACUAGCAGCGACCCAUACUGACUUAAGAACACGACCCAUACUGGCUUUGGACAACGACCCAUACUGACUUUGGACAAGCUUAAACCCGUGUUUUUUUCCAAAGAACCUGGACUUACACCAGUUGAUAUAAACUGUCAGCCCCAACUAGGACACACCCUCUUGUUUCAGUACCCAGGUCAGAAGGGCUAUCAGCAGUAACCUCCACCCAGGUCAGAAGGGCUAUCAGCAGUAACCUCCACCCAGGUCAGAAGGGCUAUCUGCAGUAACCUCCACCCAGGUCAGAAGGGCUAUCAGCAGUAACCUCCACCCAGGUCAGAAGGGCUAUCAGCAGUAACCUCCACCCAGGUCAGAAGGGCUAUCUGCAGUAGCCAGGUCAGAAGGGCUAUCUGCUGUACCCUCCACCCAGGUCAGAAGGGCUAUCUACAGUAACCUCCACCCAGGUCAGAAGGGCUAUCUGCAGUAGCCAGGUCAGAAGGGCUAUCUGCAGUACCCUCCACCCAGGUCAGAAGGGCUAUCUACAGUACCCAGGUCAGAAGGGCUAUCUGCAGUAGCCUCCACUAGUCUUCCUCGUUGAUGGACCCACUUCAGUACGUAAAGCUCUUAAUGGGGAACGCUAAUGGUACUUACGAGAAAGGGAAAGGGAGUCUGCCAUGUAAUGUCCAGAGUAGUAGUUUGCAGCUGAACGUCUGAACCUCCUGCCUGAAACAUGCUAGGGGUUACUCCGCAGUUAGCAGGAUCAUGGGAUGCUCUGAAAAUGUAUUAAAAUAUAACAUGGACUCUGUGUAAAUAAAUGUAUAAAAAUAAAACAUGGACU